UACGAGGGCUAGAAAGAGUAAAUAAAGUUCAUAUUAGAUAUUGAAGAUAGGUAGGUACCUACACCGAGGACAACACAUUCAACCGGCGAGUAUUUGCAUUGUUGGUUGGUAUGUUAAGUGUGUACUUUACUUGAAGAUUUUAAUUUGCGGACAGUGAGAAAUAAUUUAACUAAAGAAUUGAAGUAGUGAUCACCUAGCACCGAAGGACCGAAGACCACUUGAGGAAGGAUGCCCUGCAUCGUUCCAACGUGUGCCGCCAAGGCGGGCCACAUGAGACCCUUUCCCCGACAAAAUGAGCUUUCCGAGCGUUGGAUCGAGUCUAUUCAGAAGGGCUGCGGCAUGACACUAUGCCUGGACUAUAUCGAACUGAGCGAAUGGGAUGUUUGCGAGAAGCAUUUCGAAAUGCCACAGCGCGGAACUUCCGGACAGCUGGAGGAGCCGACGCAGUUUAGUGAUAUCAAUGGAAAACCCAUGGAGACCGCUAGCUGCCGGCUGUGUCUGGUGUUCUUCCUUCGCUCCGAUCUGGUGGACACGAAUGGGAAAGUCGCUGAUCUGGCUAUCGAAUCCACAAUUUCCGAACUGUUGGAAAUUGAUUUGCAGGCGGAGGAUGCCUCGACCCUGGUUUGCAUCGGAUGCCUUGCUCGUCUGGAGGUGAUGGCAAGGAUAAGAAAUGAUUUUCUGAACUCAGAGAUCAAAUGGCAACAUUUGAUGGACAUUGCUGAAGUCACUGAACUGAAGAGUGAAGAAUGCACUCCGAAAUUACAAGAUUAUGAAACAUGUAAAAUGGACAUCGAAGAACCACGAAUAAGCGAGGGUUUGAAGGAACCGGAUGAACAACAGGAAGAUGAACAAAGCGAUGAAUGGCCCGACGACGAAGAGAAUCCAGACGGAAAGGUAGCAGGAACACGUGGAAGAAAGUGCUACAUUUGCCCCGUUGUUCUUGAGGACAAAUCAGACCUGGAACCCCAUUUACAAGAAGUCCAUGACUCUGAGGAUAUGGAAUGCAAGGAAUGCUCGAUAAUCUUUUCCAAGCUACCGGUCUACAAUAGGCACCUGGCGCGACAUGAUGCAUCCGAACGUCCGUUCAAGUGUGACUAUUGUGCUAUGCGCUUCAAUUGUCCCAUGAAUAGAAAUAAGCACCACAAAAACGUUCACAACAAGGGAGAAUCGAAACCAACUGAACCGGAGUUCGUGUGUGAAGUCUGCGAAAAGCCGUACAUCUCCAAAGAUGGUCUCUUUUAUCACUUGAAGACGAAGCACUCCAUCGAGGAAAGACACACAUGCGGGAUUUGUCAGAAAUACUACCGGUCAAAAAGCACUCUCGAGACGCACAUGCAGGUCCAUACGGGCGGACGAGUGCGCAAGUGUUCGCUCUGUCCGCAGACCUUUCGCACGUACAGUGCCUUCUACGCUCACAGCAUAAUGCACACCGAUCGAUUCGAGUGCAAGGAGUGUGGAAAACGCUACCCGGCGGCCCUACAGCUGCGGGCGCACAUGGAGAGCGCCCAUUCCGACGGCCAGCAGUUUGAGUGUGCCGAAUGUCCGGGUAAGCUGUUCAAAACAUCCGUCGGGCUGCGUACCCAUAUGGCCUAUACGCACCGGAAAAACAAACCAUUCAUGUGCGACUUUUGCUCGAGGAGCUUCAAACGCAAGGAUCUCCUGGAUAAUCAUCGAAGGAUCCACACCGGUGAGAAGCCAUUCCCGUGUGACAAUUGCCCGAGGCGGUUCGGCAGUCGACCCACGCUCCAUCAUCAUCGGAAACGCUGUAAAGCGCAAGCGCUUCUCGCUACUGUUGAGGAGGCCCCCGGUGACCUCCACAGCAGCGAUCAGCUCGACGUCGUCCCUCGUCCAAAGAAACGACGAUGUGUUGACGGACAGUACGUGUGCGAGUUCUGUCAGAAGCGAUUCCUGCGCAAGGAAUAUCUGGCGAAUCAUCGAAGGUCUCACACGGGUGAAAGGCCUUUUGGGUGCAAACACUGCAUAAUGAGGUUUAGUGAUCGUAGUGGCGCUUACCAGCACAGAAAGGUCUGUGGAAACGACCAAGAUGCAAAGGAGUGAUGCGAAUGCAGUUGAAAAUGAAAUGUGAAUUUCAUUAGAAAAUAAACUAUGAAUGACAAAUUGUGUUCUGCGAA